UUGCAUUAUAUAUAUGUAUUAUUAUUUACAUAUCCAAAAAUAAUAGAUUUUAAACAAGUGCCAUUUCCAAAUUAUCAUGACUAUGACUAUAAAUAGUAUAUAUAAUUUACAAAGCAAAAAUGAGGCAGUAGCUUAAUUCCUUAGAACCAAAUGUUUCAUAAGUAGUACAAAGAAACGAAAUUUGGAACAUUAUAAAAGAUGGACGAAAUCGAAGAUAUUAGAGGAAUUCUUAUAUGUUCUUAUAACUCAGUAUAUGCAAAUACUUAAUACGUAAGACAAAAAACUUUGUACGAUGUUGUCUAGAACGAUUCGUAAUUUUGUGCAGAGGACAAUACGUGACAAUAAACGAAUAUUUCAUACAUUACGAAAUGUACGGAAAUUUAAUUGUCAACAAUAUAAUUUAAUUGUAAAUCAUUUGUAUUUAAAACAAAACUCUAACCUCAUGAUACUUAAAAGAUUCAAGAGCAAGAAAGAAGCUUCUGAAGAGGUAGAUGAAAAUGACGAUGAAGAAAACGAAUCUCUCGAAGUAGAUGAUUAUCUACUGACAAAAAAUUCGAAAAUAAUUAAUGCUACUGUAUCUUCUCUUCGUGUAGAUGCUAUUGCUAAGGUAGCAUUUGGAUUGUCACGCAACCGGAUAGAUAGAGCAUUUUAUGAUAGCAAAAUUCGUAUUAAUGGAAAUAAAAUUCUAAAAAAAUCUCACCAGGUGAAGGUUGAUGAUGAAAUUGAUUUAGUUGUUGGCCGGGAUUCUAAAAAUCCAAAAUUAAUAAUAGUACAUCGUUGUAUAUUAUUAAAGGCCAAAGGAAACGACGACUCUAUUGAUGUAAAAUUGCUUAGAAAUAAGUCUUUAUUAAUUGAGAAUUAUCCUGAGCCAUGGGAUGCUAUGGAAUAACAUUGGAAAAAACUAAUAAAUUUAAAACUUAUUCAAUAUGUAUAUGCCAUGUAUAGUACCAUUUUAUUCUUUUAAAUAAUUAUCAUCUUCAAAUAAUUCAUAAAUAAUUAAAUUCAAAGGUUAUGAAAUGUAUCAUAAAUAUUUAUUUAACAAUUGUAUACAAAGUAUAAAUACACAAGACUGCAUGUAUGGAAAUAAUGUUACCAAUUAUGUCAUUACAUAUUUGUUUUUAACAAUGUAUUUUGUAUAACUUUAAUGCACUGAAAGAAAAUAAUAGACUAUCAGUCCGAAAUUUCCUUCCAUAGAAAAUUGAUAUCAUAAAUAUUUAGUGUAAUUGAAAUAGGAAAUUAAUAGUGUGCCAUACUUACAUAUGAUAUACAAAGUAUUCCAUUUAAUGACAAAUUACUUAAAUCUUCCAAUACUUUGUUAACAUUACCUGUAUCUUUAAUUUCCUAUAAAAAGUAUUACUUUAAUAAUACAAAUUUCAAUGUAAUUUCAUUAUCUGAUGUAAUGCAAUCUACAAUGUAAUUUACACUAAUUUUUGAGUUU